CUGCUCGCUCCUCGCCACAGAGACUUAUCGUAAUCGCUCCAUCUGCGAUGUCGCGCCCUCUGCUGCAGCUGCUGCUUGUAUCCUGCCUCUCGGCGGCCUCGGGGUGGCUCGUCUCUCCCGCGUGCCCAACCCGCCGCGCCAUCUCUGCUGCGCCCGCCGCCUGCUGGGGCGUGCGCAUGGAUGAGGUCGCCGAGGCGGGGGAGGCUGCUGCGCCGGUGGAUGACUUCACCGAGGAGCUGCUGGACGCGCUGGCUGCGGACGAGGCGCCGCUGUCGGCGAUGGAGACGCAGCCCGUCUUUGUCAAGGCGGACAACCCGGACGAGACGCUCGAGCCGCGGCUCGCCUUUACCAACGAGCAGAGCGUCGAGGCGAUGCGCCAAAAGUACCGGCUGCACGCCUCGGACACGGGCUCCGCCCAGGUGCAGAUCGCGGUGCUGACCGCGCGCAUCCAGUACAUGACGUCGCACAUGCAGAAGAACAAGAAGGACUAUGCGUCGCUGCGCGGCCUGACGGCCAUGGUGGUCAGGCGGCGCAAGCUGCUCGAGUACCUGCUCCGCGAGGACCUGUCCGAGUUCCAGCGGCUCACCUCGGAGCUGGGCAUCCGCACCAACCAGCUGACCAAGCCCAAGCUAUCGGGCGCGCGCGGCCGCAGGGUCUAGAGCCGUGAGCACGGGCCCUCUGGCGCGCCACCUUUCCGAGAGGGGCUGGGAGGAUGUCUUGCAGCGCUCGUGGAGGGGAGGGCGAGGCGCGGCCGGCGCGGCGAGGCCCAGACACAGGCUCUGAGCGUGGAGCGGCCCGCAACGCGCCUUUUUGUUGGUUUCGCACGCACACAGAUUUUUCCCCCCCCCCCCCCCCUCACACGCCGCCUGACGAUGUGCGUUCCUCUGUCUAUCUUCUGUCCGUGGGGAGCAUCCGCCUUUCCGUGAUGGUACGAGGCAGGACGAGCUCCUUGUGCAAAUUCAUAUAUCAUAUGAUCAUUUUUGCA